AUGGUCGAUACGAAGAAAGAAGAAAAGCUCAUCGACAUCGACGCAGUCUAUCCGAAUGUCGAGAAGGAGAAGCGAGAGUUGGAGAAGGAGUUUGAGAAGAAGAAACUUGGUGAGUUAGCCCUAGCUUAACCAAACGCCAUGACAAACUGAAACCGAGACACUUUCACGCUUUCCAAUCAAAUGUAUUUCAGAAGACAGCGACGAUGAGGAUGAUCUGAAGAAGCCGAAGAAUGACGAGAAACCGCUGAAACAAGAUACGGAGCUGUCGGACUGGAAUCUCGUGAUGAAGGCCAACGACUUCGCCGCGCGUCGUCACCGUCAUCAGAAGCGCAAGGACAACGCGACGCCGUACAUCAACCAUCCGAUCGGAGUUCAGUUGAUUCUCACCAACGAGGCGAAGGUCUACGAUCCGGUGACUCUGGCGGCGGCGGUGCUUCACGACGUCGUCGAGGAUACGAAGACGACGUUGGAGGAGAUCCGCGAGCUGUUCGGGGAGGAAGUGACGGAGGUUGUGGAGCAGUGCACCGACGAUAAGACACUCGCGAAGGCGGAGAGGAAGAGGCUUCAGGCGGAGAACUACGGAAAGCACACUCAUCGGGUAAGUGAUAUCGCGAGAAGUAUUGAAAAUUGGGAAUGUACUGUUUUUGAAGACGAGAACACAUUUUUUGCGCGGCCAAAAUUAGCUUCUUUCUGGUUUUCUCUUGAUGACCAAACUAUUUAUAGGCCAAACUUGUUCAUCUCGCUGACAAACUGUACAAUCUGCGUGAUCUGGAGAGAAAGGCGCCGAUCGGAUGGGACAAGAAGCGGGUGAACGAGUAUUUCAAGUGGAGUCGCGAAGUGAUCGGCCAGAUGAAGGGGACCAACGAGGCGUUGGAAUACGCACUCGACGACGUCAUCAACCGUCAUUUGACCUAA